AUGAAACUAGACAUUCUGCUGGAGACUGUUCGCAAAUUACUCGGCCGUCAGCGGCUGUUAGAAUCAAUGAUUCAACAGCAUGCUAAAACCUGGGGACCGGUAGCUUUUCAGCUGCCGAGGAACCCACUCGACCACCACUUACGGUCUGCAGCCGAAUUUCGUCAUUUGAAUGUCCAAUUACAGGACAAGAGCUUCCGACAGGAGCUGGUAAGCCACCAUAUUAAUCACACCCUAUUGCGUUAGACCUCCUUCCUUACAUGCCUUGGUGGGCAGAAUAUUGACGAAUUCGUCAAGCGAAUUUUUCUUCGCAGUGUUCGACGAGGAGAUCAGCCUUUACGUCAAUUUCAAAAGCAGGAAGACGUAAGAGAGCCUCUGCGGUUCUAA